AUGCACAUUGCAAUUCAGGUUUCCAGGAACAAAGCCACCAAGUUAUGGUACACAGUGGGAUCUAUUUUAUGUUACAUCAACAAGAUCAACUUCCUACUGUUGUACCAUCCAAAGAACUAUUCAAGUCCUCAAGAAACAUCCAAUAACCUCAUCUUGUCUUUCUUUUUAUAGGGCGAACAUGUCUGGCUUGAUCCUGCCUCCAGUGGAGAAUUUGAAGUGCCAAUCGGAGCAGUCGUUAAGACAUCAGACACAGGGCAGACCUUGGUGGUGGACGAUGAAGGCAAGGAACACUGGCUUAGUGCUCGGGAUAUGGGCAGUGUCCGUACAAUGCAUCCCAACUCUGUUCAUGGAGUGGAUGACAUGAUCCGUUUAGGAGACCUCAAUGAAGCAGGAAUAUUACGCAACCUUAUGACACGCUACAGAGACAAUAUUAUAUACACAUACACAGGCUCCAUCCUGGUAGCAGUCAAUCCAUAUCAGUUGCUGCCCCUGUACACAGCAGAGUGUAUCCGUCAAUACACCAACAGGCGCAUCGGAGAGCUCCCGCCACAUGUCUUUGCCAUUGCUGACAACUGCUUCUUUAACAUGAGAAGGAAGAAGAAAAAUCAGUGUUGUGUUAUCAGUGGUGAAUCAGGAGCUGGAAAAACAGAGAGCACCAAACUGAUACUACAGUUCCUAGCAGCCAUCAGUGGUCAACAUUCAUGGAUUGAACAGCAAAUCUUGGAAGCCAACCCAAUCCUAGAAGCUUUUGGAAAUGCAAAGACAAUCCGAAAUGACAACUCAAGUCGGUUUGGGAAAUAUAUUGACAUUCAUUUUAACAAAAGUGGUGUGAUAGUAGGAGCCAGUAUUGAGCAAUAUUUGCUUGAAAAGUCACGGGUCUGCAAACAGGCACCGGAGGAAAGGAACUAUCACAUCUUCUACUGCAUGUUAAUGGGAAUGACUGCUGAACAGAAGAAACUCCUGUCUCUUGGAACAGCUGCUGAAUACAGCUAUCUUACCAUGGGAAACUGCACAUCAUGUGAAGGUAGAAAUGACAUGAAAGAGUAUGCCAAUAUCCGCUCUGCUAUGAAGAUUCUACUUUUCUCCGAUUCUGAAAACUGGGAUGUUUCCAAGAUCCUAGCAGCUAUUCUACAUUUUGGAAACGUGGAAUUUGAAGCGACAUGCUAUGAUAAUCUGGAUUGUUGUGACAUUGUGGACUCCAGUAAUUUUUCAAUGGUUGCCAAGCUGCUCGAGGUUGACAUCAGGGAACUGCGCAAAAGCUUAAUAAACCACUCGAUCAUUAUCCGAGGUGAAAGUGUGAGAACACCAUUAAACCGAGAGCAGGCAUAUGACAACCGAGAUGCCUUUGUAAAGGGUAUUUAUGAUCGACUUUUCACAUGGAUUGUCGAUAAAAUACGUGAAGCAAUUUACAAACCUCCCUCUGGCGAUUCCAGUGACGACAGAAGAUCAAUAGGAUUACUGGAUAUAUUUGGCUUUGAGAAUUUCCAGACUAAUAGCUUUGAGCAGCUGUGUAUCAAUGUUGCCAAUGAACACCUACAGCAGUUCUUUGUACGUCACAUCUUCAAACUUGAACAAGAGGAGUAUAAUCGUGAACAUAUCCCCUGGCAGCACAUCGACUUCACAGACAAUCAGAGAGUUCUUGACAUAAUUGCAAGCAGGCCUAUGAAUGUCAUUUCACUCAUUGAUGAAGAGAGCAAAUUUCCAAAGGGCACAGACACGACUAUGCUGAACAAGCUCAAUGAUCAACAUGGCAAAAGCAAGAUUUACAUUCCGCCACGGAAUGUCCAUGAGACAAGAUUUGGCAUUAACCACUUUGCUGGAAUAGUCCAGUAUGAAUCUAAAGGUUUCCUCAGCAAGAACCGAGACAUGAUGAGUAAAGAUAUUAUUCAGAUGAUUCACUCUUCUUCAAACAAGUUCCUGCGAAAGCUGUUUCAAAAAGACACAACCAGUCAAACCAAUAAGACCACCAUUACCAAGCAUACUGUGAACAAGAGCACUCUGAAGGCCACUGAGUCACAUAAACGGCUUUCCACUUUGGGUAUGCAGUUUAAGCAGUCUCUUGAUCAGCUGAUGAAGACCUUGACAGCCUGUGAACCAUUUUUUAUUCGCUGUAUAAAACCCAAUGAGUUUAAGAAACCACUGUUGUUUGAUCGGGAGCUCUGUGUCCGUCAGUUACGUUAUUCUGGUAUGAUGGAGACCAUCCGAAUAAGAAAAUCUGGUUACCCUAUCCGUUAUACCUUCUCUGAGUUCUUGGAGAGAUACAGAGUCCUACUGCCAUCACUGCCCACAGAAAUGAAUCCGGAGGAUGCACUUACCUACUGCAAAAAAAUUGCUGAGACCCUUACAGGAGUAGACGAAGACUGGAAAAUUGGAAGAACCAAACUGUUCCUGAAGGAUUACCAUGAUAUGCUUCUGGAAGUGGCACGAGAGAAUGGUCUCAGAGAUAAAGCCCGAAUUAUUCAGAAUGCCUUGAGAAGAUUCAAGGACAGGAAGCAGUUUCUUAAACAACGUAAAGCUGCAGUACGAAUUCAAGCAGCAUGGAGGGGAUACGGCAAUAGAAAGAGAUACAAAGCGAUACUUCUGGGUUUUGAGCGUCUUCAAGCCAUUUGCCGAGGUCGAAAGCUUGCUGCUCACUAUAGUUUGGCACGACACAGAAUGAUUUGCUUCCAGGCAUUCUGCCGUGGCUAUCUGCUACGCCAAAAGAUGAAACAGCAAGAGCAUGCAGCAACACUUAGAAUUGAAGAAGAAAGACGUCUUCAAAAAGUUAUGGGAGCCAAAAAGGCUAAGGAGGAAGCUCGAAGAAAAGAACAGGAACAUCUCAGCAUUCUGCUCCUCAGGGACCAGGAGGAAGAGAAAAAGAAGCAAGAAGCUGCACAUCUCAGGGAGCAGGACAGAAACGAUGACAUCCUGAAUGAUCAGGAAAUGGUUAACAGCAUCUUUGGCUUCCUGCCCGACAUUUUUACAGAACCAGAUGGACAAGUUCCUGCAGCUUUUGAAGAUCUGGAUAGAAAACGUUAUGCGAUGGAAGAAGUUGAUCUUGAUGAGGUCCUUAUGAUUCCUGAACCUGAAGAGGAAGAGGAAGAAGAUGACUUAGCACCAUACACAUUUGAAAAAUUUGCUGUCAUGUACUUUCAAGGAUCAGCCACCCACACACAUAUUAGGAAAGCACUUCACCAUCCACUGCUAUAUCACGAGGAAGCAGACAGCAUCAUGGCAUCCCUACUUGUCUGGAAGAUUAUUCUACGGUUUAUGGGCGAUCUCCCCGAGCCGAGGCUUUACGCACAGAAUUCGAGCACUGAGAAUAGUACAGUCAUGACUCAGCUUUAUGACACUUUUGGAAAGAAGUCCGGUGCUCAGAAUCUAAACCAGCAGACACCAGAACAGAGGUACAACCGCAAGAGUAACAAACCGAUUUCAUCGAUGAAGCUGAAGCGGUCCUCAAGGCUGACUGGUGAGGUGGCUAGAGCUCUAGUUGCAGGGGAAUCACUGCUACAGGAAGAAAGCCCAGUCACGGAAAGACCAAUGUCCAACCUGGAGAAACUCCACUUUAUUGUAGGGAGUGCUAUUCUGCGACCAGCUAUCAGGGAUGAAAUCUACUGUCAGAUCUGUAAGCAGCUGUAUGGCAAUAAAGUGAAGAGCUCACUGGCUCGCGGAUGGAUUCUGCUGUCUCUCUGUCUUGGCUGUUUUCCACCCUCAGAAGUAUUUCUAAAGUUCCUCCUUAAUUUUCUCAGAACUGGACCACAAGGCUAUGCAUCCUACUGUGCUGAGAGACUAAAACGAACCUACAUGAAUGGAGCCCGAAGCGAACCACCAAGCUGGCAAGAACUAGAGGCAACCAAGACAAAGAAGCGCAUCAUAGUGAAAGUCACACUCAUGAAUGGAAAGCAGAUCAGUGUACCUGUCGAUUCCGCAAGUACAGCAGGGGAGGCGUGCCACUACAUUGCAGAGAAACUCGACUUAAAAGACAUCGCUGGAUUUUCCCUCUAUGCUGCUUGCUAUGACAAGGUGUGGUCUCUGGGCAGCAAAAGAGAACAUGUGCUGGAUGCUAUUUCACAGUGCGAACAACUCACAAAAGAGAACGGUGGACAGGAACGUCAUGCCCCUUGGAGGCUAUAUUACCGGAAGGAAAUUUUUGAACCCUGGCAUGACUGCAGUAUGGACACUGUCAGCACAGACCUCAUUUAUCAUCAGGUCAUCCGUGGCAUCCGCUUUGGGGAAUAUCGCUGUGAGAAGAGAGAAGAGCUCGUGGAACUGGCUGCUAAACAUUACUAUGUGAAGUUUGGAAAUGCAGUCGGAGGGGAACUGUUAAAUGAAGUGAUAAAGGAGUGCAUCUCUGAGAAGCUGCUGUCUCUGAAGCCACCAGUGAAAUGGGACGAUCUCAUAAUAGAUGCACAUUCCCAGGCUCAAUACACUACUGAGAAAAUCAGUGCUGAGGAAGUUAAGGCAAACAUUGUGGAUUUUGCUCGUAUCCAGUGGCCUUUGCUCUUUUCCCGGUUCUUUGAAGUAGCAAAGUUUUCAGGACCAACCCUCCCCAAGAACAAGUUCAUUUUAGCUGUAAACAUGACAGGGUUGUCAUUUCUGGAUGAAAAAGAAAAGAAGUUCUUGGAUAUGUCUUUUUCAGAAAUAACUGGAAUUCACACCAGCCGAGCAGCAAAAAUGUUUGGGCAUACUGUUACAAUCAACACAUUACGGGGAGAUGAGUUUGUCCUGAAUUCUGUCAAUGCUCAGGACAUCGCAGAGCUAGUAGUGCACUUUGUCGAAGGACUGAAGAGUCGAUCACACUAUGCUGUGGCAUUGCAGGAGAGUGGCAGGCAAGCGGAUGAUCCAAAUUUGCUGAGCUACAAGAAGGGAGAUCUCUUAAUCCUGAUAAAAGACUCAGACCUGACACCUAACCGGGGCUGGAUCACCUGCCAGAAUGAAAGAACUGGGAAAAAAGGAGAUGUUCCAAGCAAUGCAGUCUAUAUUAUUCCUACCCUAGACAGACCGUCCAAUGAAGUUCUGACCUUGUUGCUGAUGUCACCAGAUCAGCGGAAGACUGCAAUGCAGAGCAUUCGCCAGGAAGCUGAGGAGCAGGAAGUGAAAAUCAAAGCAUAUUCUCUGGAGGAGUUUUCAUAUGACCAUUUCAGGCCUCCCAUAAAUGAAUCUGUAAGUCGCUCUGCUGUCUUAACAAGAAUCAGAGGGAAAGAAAGGCUGUGGACUUCCUCGCAUGAACCCUUAAAACAACCAUUGCUGAAGAAACUGUGUGGGGAUGCUGGCCUCUGCCAGCAAGCAUGCCAAGCAUUCAUUGCCAUCAUGAAGUACAUGGGAGACUAUCCUUCUCGACAGCUGCACUCUGUAGUGGAGCUUACUGACCAAAUCUUUGUAGCUGCAGUUGAAGAUCCAAGACUGCAGGAUGAGAUAUAUUGUCAGAUCAUGAAACAGAUGACCGAAAACAAUAACACCUAUAGUCUCACUCUUGGAUGGCAGCUUCUCUGGCUUUGCACUGGUUUAUUCCCUCCAAGCAAUGUUUUGCACAAGCACAUAGAGAAAUUUCUAGACACUCGAAGAAAGUCACCACUGGCAGCUGAGUGUCUGAACCGGAUGCAAAGGGUGAUCAGGCUGGGUCCACGGAAGAAAGCACCGCAUAGCCUUGAAGUUGAGGCAGUCCAGAGAAACAGUACCAAGAUCAUCCAUAAGGUUUAUUUCCCCAACAGCACAGAUGAGGUUUUUGAAGCUGGAACAAGUGUAAAGGUCAGAGACCUGUGCAAUAGUAUAGCCUCCAAGCUCAGUCUCACCUCUGCAGAAGGAUUUAGUCUAUUUGUGAAGCUGACAGACAAGGUGAUCAGUCUGAAUGAAGGAGAUUUCUUUUUUGACAGUUUAAGGGAGCUAACAGACUGGACCAAGAACAACAAACCAACUAAGGAUGGGAUAUUCAUUCUGCAUGACUGUGUCAUUUCAACCAUGAAUAUCACAUAUUGCUAA